UCAGGAUAUAUCAUAACGUUGUUGGUUGUUUCUUAUACAUUUUAUGCACCUGUAGCGUUAGUCUUUGAUAUCAUACGAAACUAUGUCAGCAAAUGAACAUGAACUUCAGGGAAUUCUGAAUGUUUGUAAAACUAGAAUAGACACAUUUUUAUAGUCUAGUUUAUUUAUCUUUAAAAAUCUCUGCACCUCUUAUUGUUCUGUUCUUAAUGUUUUAUUGCAUUAACCUUUUUUUCAGGAUGCCUGCUGGAUUCUGUUUUAAAUUGACAAUGCAGUUUAUUUUAAUUUUAUCUUUUAUCAUCCUGUGAAGCGCCCUGUGGGCACUAUUCUAAAUACAGAUUGGUUGGUUGAUUGUAUAGUUGAGAGUCUAAAUUAUAAAGGAUGCAGCUAAUUUACACACAUCUUUAUGAUGUGUUAUGUUUUAAAUGUCAUACAUAAAUAGGUGUUGUUUCUGUUGGAUGCGCCAUUUUCUUUUUUUUACAGCAGUGAAAUAUAUUCCACCGUUAAUUUACUAAUAUGUUUAACGAAUGGAUCUGUAAUUUUUAAAUGUUAGCAAUAAUUUCAACGAGGUAAUAUCUUUUAUAUUGCAUUUAGUGGUGCUGGUUAGGUGGUGUUUUUGAAUGGUCACGGAGACGUGGUCGUGCAUUUUCUGGUACAACAUUGGUGAAAUGCACGCUGCUACGCAAAUGCAAACAGCUUAGUAGAAGAGAAUUGCAGCACAAAUCAGAUACAUUUUAAAGCUCGCUGACAAGAUGAUAAAAAGGGCCAAAACCUGGGAAAUCUCAGACUCUGAAGCAGAAAGUGAUACAGAAAACCACCUCCACAGGUCUCAGACUGGAAUUUCAACAGUCAGCCCCGAAUUUAAAUGGCGUCUAUCAAACUGUGACAAGGAAACCUCCACCACCACCAACAACAACAACAACAACAAAAACAACAACAACAACAACGCAGAGCAUUAUGACCAAAGUGUUAAUGAGACACCGAGCAAUGCCACGCACGAGAAAGAUGCGCUGGCUCUUCCACAGACAACCACUGGUUCCAUUAGUGACUCCCCCAGCCCUACAGGGAAGAGGAAUCGAAGAACACAGGAAGAAAUAGAAGCAGACAAAAUAAAGGCUGAACAGAAGAAAGAAGAACGGGAAGCCCAGAAGAGAGAAAGGGAGAGGGUGAAGGAGGAGAAGAGACUGGAACAGCAAAAACGAAAGCAAGCAGCAGAGCUGCUCAAAUGCUACCGGCCUGAUCAGUGUUUAAAGUACAUGACCGUCUGUAUUGACCCAGCUGUGUUGGAGGUGGCUGGCUCUGAAAUCCUGUGGGAGUCUGUCCACAUGAUGGAGUCCAGGAGCACAAUCCAACCCCAGCCUGUUCCCUGCAGCAUCACCUGGACCAGAGAGAUCCCACAAUGCAAUACCACGGAUGUGGCAGAGAUGGAGGAGAGCUCAGUGAAGGAGGAGCAGAUUAUGAUGCUGGUUUCUCAGGAGGAGUUUCUAGAAAUGGCUGUCUCCAUGAAACAGAGCCAGCUUGGGCUUCCGCAAGAUGAUGAUGUAUCUGAUUCAAAGUCUUCCCUCCUGUUUGAUUUUCUUCAGAAAGAACCUGGAAAGACCGGCACUCUUGCAGUCCUGGGCUGUGAACCACACAGCUGGUGUUUUCAGAGAGGGGUCUGGAGAGGCAGAGGCCUUGAGGUGACAGAGGCUGAUAUCGAAGAGGUGCUGGUCUCCUUGCAGCUGCAGAGACACACUGGAGUUCUAUUCCUGGAGUCCUGGAAGGAGCUGAGCAGGCAUGUCUGUGCUGUCACCAAGGCUGUAGCAAAACGGCCCUUCAGGAAGCAGGCGCAGGCGGAGGGGCUGUCGUUCUGCGCGGACGGCUCGUGGGCUGGAGGGGUGAGAGUGGAGAAGGACGGGGCGGGGCUGAGGCAAGUCUGGCAGAGGCAGCUCCAGCAGCUCAACAGAGUGAGCCCUGCAAUGGCAGCAGCCAUAGUAAGCGUCUACCCUUCUCCUCAACUGCUACUGCAGGCCUACGAGGAGUGCAGCUGCGAGCGGGACCAAGUGAACCUGUUAGCGGAUAUAACGGUGCGGGCCGGGGAUGGGGCAAGAGAGAGGCGGCUCGGCCCUGAGCUGUCACGCAGGCUACAGCUCUACAUGAGAGCCAGGAACGCUGAGCUGGUGCUGGAUUCAUGCGGGUGACCAGAGUGGAAGAAAGAUCCGAGGUAACCAGCUGGGGUGCUUCGGAUUGAUGUUCUGCUGUUUUAAAUGGGAGAUUCACUUGGAACAGCUAUGUGUGUGUGUUUGGUUGCGUCACGGUCACUGUUUCACAAAGUAGGGAAGGAAACGUGCAGCUAGACACAGCUCAGAGAGAGGCCUUUUCUGGGUCCAGGUUGAAAUGAUGCAUCCGAAAGCAUUGUCAGAACAACAGGGUGAGGGGGCAGCAAUGUGUGUCUAUGGCUGGAGCUGCAGCAGGACUCCCAUCCACCUGCUGGAGACAGCGUGUACACUGACAUAGCUGGAGAGAUCUGUUACCCUCCCAUAACAAAGGAACAAGAGACUGUGUGAAUGCAUCUCCAAUAAUUGGAGCUGUUGACGGUUCCAUUUGCAUUUUACAAUAUCUGCUACUUGAUGUUAACUAACCACAGGCUCGUUAUCAAAAUGGUCCCAAGAUGUUUUUUUUGCUUCUGCUUGAGGUAUAAAAUCUUAUUUCUUUCUGCAGUCAGAGAUUUCACACAGACCUUGUUCUCUUCCUUUUAAAAGACAGAUUUGGAGACUGGUUAGUAAUACCCACAAUCCUAACAGGCCACAGCUCCACCUGAGAGUUGAAAGUGGUUUUGAAAUGUUUCCAUCAGCAGAUAUACAGUCAGCCUCAGUUAGGAUGGAGGUUGGCUGGCAGAACCCUUUCCAAUGUGCCUCUCUGAUGAGGGAAGAUACCUACUGAGUGUUCAGUGGGAAGGACGCUGAAUGCAGGAUUCAAAUCUUGUCAAUGAACUUUACUACCAGGAAAACGCUCAAGGCUGGCAAAUUUACUUUUAAAUGGGAUCCUUUACCGCUGUCUGUUUGCAGAUUGGAUUAUAGUCUGCAGAUGAGAUUGAGUUUUAUACACAUUUCUUAUUGUAGUUUGCACACCAAGUCCAUGAUAGUAAUGAUUUUGGUAUCCUUUUCGAUUCUGUACGAUUUCGCUGCUUAAAAUGAAAUUACUAAACUGAUCCGAUGUGCUAUAGACUUUUAAAGUAUAUGUUGCUAACUCAAUUAUUACAGUAAGUGAAGGUGAAUGUGAUUUUGGAAUGGUAAUUUAUUCGAAGCCGUUAGAGAAGUAUAUUUAUCGAAUGCUCCUUGCAGAUACUUCAGUGCUUCACUUCCGGUCAAAUUCAAGAAGUCGCAAGAAGCUGACGUUGAAAACGUGUCAGUCACAGGAAAACAGGGAUUGGGACUUUUUCAUAUAAUAAUUUCAUACAGAUCGAUGAAGUGAUGGUAAUGCAUAUUUGAUUUACAUAAUGUACGCCUUUUUCAUACAAUAAAAUGUGAGCCAAUGAGUCUGCUAUGGGAGUCCUUUUCAAGAAAAUAAAUGGCAAACAUUUAGAAUAAGUGUUUUUUUUUUUUUAAAUGCGCUCAGUCUCAUUGGUUUGAUAUGUAAGGAUCUGUUCAUGACUCCUAAAUGUUUCAUGUUUAACUCUUAAAAAUAUAUUAAAUUAAUCAUGAACUGGCACAAAAAAUGUAUUUUUCAAACUAUUUAUCAAAAAUAUGAAUUGUAAUAAAACAUUUUUUUCACAAA